AUGGCUUAUCGAAUGCAUAGUGGUUCAGGGUCUAAAAAGCAAUUGAAAGAAAAAGUCGUUCAAAUUUACGAAUCCUUCUUUAAGGGAGAAGAUUUAACUAUUAACAAUCCAAAUUUUUGGGAUGAAUUAUUUUUAUUAAAACCUAAAAUAAAUCAGUUGGAAAUUGAAAUAUUAAAAUUGACAGCUUCCGAUUUACUAAGUUUAAAAGAUAGUAUAAAUAAAUUAUUUUGUCACUGUGUAGAAAAUUUAGGUCACGAGCAUCACAUUAGAGUAGUUUAUGCAUUACAGACGCUAUGUUGCUUAAUAGAUACAAUAUUUAAAAAAUCAUCCAGUGAUUAUCCCUUUGAUGUAAUUGAUAAUUUAAUCGGAUUUGAUGUGGCUCAGCACAGAGUCAAACAGUUAUUAGAUCACAUGACCCACUUUUUAACUGGGGAAUAUCCUGAUAGUUUCAAGUCGCUUUGUUUAAAACUAUUACUAAUAUUAGUUACUACUUCGGAAAAUGUCAGUCAAAACACUCUUUUAGAAUAUAUGAUGAUCACAAGUAUAUUUGAACCGUUAAUACAGUUGUUGAAAAUACCAUCGAGUAGAAUUCAACAUGGACAUGAUGCUGUACUAAUUUUAACACUUUUGGCAAACUAUAGAAAACACGAAGCUGCUAAUCCAUACAUUGUUAAAUUAUCAAUUUUAGAUGAUGAAUUAGCUUUAAAUGGUUACAGUCAAGUAAUCACACUGUCGUUGACUGAAUUUUGUCGACAUUUUAUUUCUCAACAUGCCGAACCGCAAAAUGCUGGCUGGUUGUCUUCCAUUACAAACAUUGUCGGAAACAUGUUUGUGUCCGAAGAUGGUAUAAUGAGAAUACAACAAAUCAGGGCGAAAAAUCCCGUGUUGAUGGCUCUUUACGAAGCUGUUCAUUUAAAUAGAAAUUUUAUAACUGUUUUGGGACACACUCAAACGGAUUCCAGCGCUCCUCCUUCACCGAGCAAUACCUUAAAUUCAUCAUCACCGACUCCGGAUUUAUCAAAUUCUCCAGCUGGUCCAAUAAUGAGUCAACCUUCUAACUUGCUCGUUACUUUUUUCCAAUACUGUUCGAUCGUGAUGCAAGAUACAAAAACAGAAGCAAGCGUCAAUCAUGUUAAAUUAUGUUUCUUAAUACUAACCUGCGUGUCUGAGGAUCAAUAUGCUAAUUCUCUAAUGCACGAUGUUAAUUUAGUUUUUAAAGUACAAUUGCAAAGGCUACCCAUGAGGCAUAGAAAAUUAGCUCCGGAUAAAUUAUCACCUUCUCAGCCUCUCGCCUCAACUCUUUUAGAUCUCCUCGUGGAAUUUAUAAUGUCACACAUGAUGAAAAAACUACCGUUGGAAUUAUACCUUCUAAGCGUCGGAGUCAUACAUAGAUUAUUAUGCUUUCAAAAGAGGUGCAGGGUUCGAUUGAGUUACCAUUGGAAAGAAUUAUGGACGGCAUUGAUAACAUUUUUAAAAUUUUUACUCGCCAACGAAAAUCAUUUAGCUAAAAAAAUGAAUAUAUUUAAUUUAGCAAUACAAAUAAUAAAUAUAUUUAAUUUGUUUAUUACUUACGGUGACACGUUCCUUCCAUCGGCUGCUAGCUACGACGAAUUGUAUUAUGAAAUAAUAAGAAUGCAUCAAGUAUUCGAUAAUUUAUAUUCGAUGGCAUUAAGAUAUUCAACCAUUUCCGUCGAUUACAGAGAACACGCCAUGAAAUUGACAAAUUGUCUCGUUAACAUAAGAGCAAUUAUUAAUCACUUUUCACCGAAAAUCGAAUCUUGGUUAACUUCGCAAUCAUUAUCGACACCCUCGGAAGAUCAAAUAUUGGAAGUUGUUAGAAAAAAUUACGAUAGUCUAACGUUAAAAUUACAAGAUAGCCUUGAUCAAUUUGAAAGAUAUUCGGAAAAACCUCGACAUUCGGCAUUUUUUACAUCGAUGAUGAGAGGAGUCGUUAACGAUACUAAACUUAAUAUAAAUUAUGCAACGUUGGAUUUACAAGUAAUAUUGCAAGAUUUUUCUACCAUAAGUUAA